AUGAAGUCCGUCACUACUUGCACUGCGGCCUUGCUGCUCGGAGCUGCGUUGGCUCUGCCCAGGUCAAUUCAAGACCUCGUCAGAGAAAACUAUGGUAACGAUGCCGCCCACAAGGCUACUGUUGAAUCUGAUAACGCCUGCGCCGAGUUCGGCUGGGUUGGCAAGUGUGAUAAUGAGGAGGCUACCGUGGAAGCCGAUAAUGCUUACACUGAGUUUGGGUGGGUUGGAAAGCGCGAGAAGCAGGAAGCCGAAGAGUCUACUGUCAAGGCUGCCAAUGGGUAUACAGAAUCCGGCUCGAUUGGGAAGCGGGAGAAUUAG